AUGCCCCUUCGUAAAUCCUUAUCCGGAUCAACAUCAACCCCAGCCAGAAAACCCAGACCCUCAGGCUCAUCAAGUACUUUGAAGAGAUCACGAUCCAAACGUGAAAUCCAACAUGAAGAAAGUUCACCUGAUCCUCUCGCUCCAUCUUCGCCCAUCGCUCCAACCCAUGUCCCCGUAGAGAAUCACAUUCAGCAGGAAGAAGACAAAAAUGAUAAGAAAGGCAAUGGUGAAGUAACAGCAGAGGAAUCUGCCGAAGCUGAGCUCGAAGCAUGGCAGGAUUUCGCUGCUGAUCAUUAUGAGAUGGUAGAGCAGUUACCUUUGGAGUUACAUAGGAAUUUCAGGUUGUUAAGGGAGUUGGAUGAUGGUUGUACAGCACAAAUUGAAAGAUUACAUCAGUUGACAAGGCAUUAUAUAACUGAACGACUGGAGUUGGAGAGACAAUUUGAACAUAACAAGAAUGGCUCAGUAGAUUGUUUCGAAAAUGAAAAAGGUCAAGAGGAAGAAGAAGAGGAAGAAGAAGAAGAGGUAGAAACGAUUGAGAUCCGAAAUGAUGAGGAUCCAACAAUCGUCGAUUCAGAGAACAAGGAAGAAGAUGUAGAGAUGAAAGAUGCGCUAGCCGAAAUAGCACCAGGCGAACAUGAGAAAGAAGCUGAACAGGAGAAGCUAGAAGAUAAAGAUUUAAUAGAUGGUAAACAAAUUACGGAAGGUAUACCUCUACCGGAUGGUCAAGGUGGAUUGUUGAUUCCUAAAAACGAAGAUGCCAACAUGGAAGGACGCGAACAGCAGACUGUCCCUCAACGGUUGCAGUUCCCCCAUGCAGAAUUGACUGGAGUCUCUAGUCAGCCUGCUGGUCCAACAAUCAAGCGUUCAGACGACGAACAAUCUCCGGAUGAAACCACUUCUACCGACAAGAAGCGAAGACGCCCUGAUGGACCUUACGCCCACUUAUCAGAGAUCGCUAGACUAUCGAGAGAAGUAGUCCGAACUGCCGAAGAGAAAGUGGCCGUUGCCGUAGGAGCCUAUAACGCUAUUGACCGUCAUAUUCGAGCUUUGGACUCUGCAUUAACAGCUCAAGAAGCUUCUAUUCUCCUUGGACUUCGCACAUCCACAUUACCUUCCAACAAUGUCGAUGGUGCACUGAACCUCCCUGGGGAUACCAAUGCGAACGCCAAUGCUUUACCUGAUACGAAGGUGGAAGACGAGGAAGGGAUGGUAUUGGGUCUGGGAGGUGGAAGUGGUGCAAGGCAGAAUAAACGAAAGAAGAAGAAGGGUAAGAAAGGAACUGUUACAGUUGAAGAACCGGCUGUUGUGCUUGGAGAGGGGAUAGGGCAGGAACAGUUUAAUAUACCUGCUGAUCCGAACGAACCUAGGUAUUGUUAUUGUAAUCAAGUAUCAUACGGUCAAAUGAUAGGUUGCGAAAACGAAGAAUGUCCUCUGGAAUGGUUUCACCUCACUUGUCUAGGACUCGAAUCUCCACCUCAAGGUAAAUGGUGGUGUGAUAUUUGCAGACCGAAAGUGGGCUUGGGGAAAGGUGGAGCAGGGAAAGUAGGGAAUAAGAAUAUCACCGGGACGGGAGCUGGGAAUGCAACUGGAGGAGGGGGAAGUAGGAAGAGGAAGUGA